CUCCCCUCGUAUCCCCACCGCUGCACCGUCCCACUAACCCUCAAUACUCCCACCACUCUCUUCCCACUCUCUUCCCAUCUUCCCCCGGAAACCACCACCCUCCCACCUUUAUAUACCUAAAUCGCCCUUCCCGCAUUUGUUCCCGCAUUUGUUCCCGCAUUUGUUCCCGCAUUUGUUCCCCCAUUUCUUCCCCUCCCCCCAUUUUUCCCCUUCCCUCUACUCCCCCUCGCCUUCCCCCACCUUGAUUCGCGAGGCCCGUUCUCCCAGGCCCAAGAUCGCGCGCGCCGUGCGAAUCCGCGCCAGGGCCUCCGGAAAACAGCGCCAGGCCCUAGGGCCGCGCCGCGCUUCUCCCGCGCCAGGCCCCGGCUACAUACUUCCUCUGCCCAUCCUCACAAACACACCCCACCAUGUCCAAUCUUCUCAAGCAGCGCUACUUGGACCUCUUGUCGUCGGGCGUGUUUUCCUCGCUCGGCCCCGCCACGUUGCACGCCCUCCACGCCGAGGUGGGCCAGUACCUCCGGGCCGCGGGCGACCUGCUCGACACCGGCGAUCGCUAUGCCCUUUACGAGCUCCAGUUCCACCUCCUGCUCCUCACCAACCACGACGUGGAGGCCAAGUCGUACUUGGACCAGUUCAACGACCAGUUUGCCGCGCACAAGUCGCAGAAGAUCCGGGUCUUGCGGCUGAUGUACGCCGAGGCCACCGGCGACAUCCAGACGGCCAUCAGCACGCUAGGCUCGGACCCGGACGAGCUCCGGGCGGCAAGGCGCUUGGCGACAUUGUCGCGCCGGGCCGCCGGCGGCGCCUACAGCGCCCCGGAGUACAUCCAGAGCUUGACGCGGUACUUGGACUUGCAGCCUGCGGACGAGGUGGUGUGGGCCGAGUUGGGCGACGUGUACAGCUCCGUGGGCCACUACGACAAGGCGGCGUUCUGCUUCAAGGAGGUGCUCUUGCACCGCCCGCUCGCGCACAACAUGUUCUACAAAGCGGGGCUCAACUUGUACCUCCGCCACCUCUACUUGUGUGGGUUGAGGCUGGACAGGAAGGACGCCAUGGCCGAGAACGUGGCGGUGCUCGAGCACGCCAGAGACUGUUUUCUCCGCAGCGUGGAGAUCAACGGCUCGUACACGAAAGGCUGGCUUGGCGUGUACCUCGUGGCGCAGAGCUCGUUGUGGGAGAGCGCAGCCGGCAAGGCGCUUUACGCGGCCAGGAAGUCCGAGCAGGUGUUGGCGGACAUGCCGAGGCUUGCCCGCUUGGGCCGGCAGCAGCUCAUGCGGAUCGAGGGCUUGGCGGACGCGGCGGCGUUCGAGGCUUUUCUUGCGGCUGUGGCCCCGAAUUAGACCGUGCCGGCAGGUGCCGGCAGAGCAGAUGCCUAGAAUGGGCCUGCUUCCUGCGGCCUGUCAGCGGGGGGCUUUUUUCACCGAGGAGGUUCUGUGUGGCGCAGUCAGAAAAACGCCAGCCGCAUGGAACACCCGCUAUCGCCGAGGCCGAGUUUAGACGCACCAUGCUGGGGCAAGCCUGUCGAGGCCGGGCGAUUCUUCUGCAGCUGCCUCCACGUGGCCUGGCCUGACUGACGCCUGCCAGCAGGAAAGGCCGUUGUCGCCAUUGACCAGCAUAUAUGGACGGUCGCCCCAGCUGCGUGAGCGGGGAAGUGGUGGGCCCUCAGAGUAACCUGUGAGCAAUGUCAUAGGAGAGAUUUGGGAGCAAUGUCA